AUGUUGUCUCAUUUUCGUGUUUUAUUUUCUUUUUUGUCAUGCAUCCAAUUGGGUUUUCCUGUUUCGACUUCAUGUACUGGUAUUGCUUAUGUUGGUGUAAAGUUCACUUUACACCAACGUCUCCGCAAUCUCCAUCAAGGCGCGCUUUGUGGUGGUGCUCUACGAACACGUUUCUGUUUGAGAGGAGCCAUCCUCCACAACGGUUUACCGCCUCAUAGUGGCGUGGAGGUGACACUGGGCGUCGAACUGCGAUGCACAGCGGAGGUUGGGCGACGACCUGUGGUGAAAGCUAAGCUCGCCGUGGCAUGGCUGCUUAGUUUGGGGAAAAGUCUCUUUGCCACUCCAGCAUAUUCACUGCCUCAGUACCCUGCACACUGGGCCCUGCCGUCUCAGAUGUCGGACGGUAUGGCGACCGGUGAGAGGCGAUCAAAUCUCAGGUUGCUCAGGACGUCAUUGAUUCUGGACCAAGGCGACACACGCACGACUCGCCAUGGAGACUGUCUCAAAAUGUGUACUUACAACGCGAGAACAGUUUCCACAGACGCCGACCUGCAUGCCCUUCUCGGAGCUGCAGAGCGUAUCAAAUUUCACGUGAUUGCUCUGCAGGAGACCAAGUGCAGAAGGAGCGACGUACGACAGAUGAAUGGCGGUACACUCGUCAUUCGUGGAGAGAAGGUUCCGUCGCGAAAUGUAGGCGGUGUUGGUUUCGUUGUGCACCCAUCUGUCGUCCAUCUCGUCGAUUCUCACGAGAUCCUGUCACCUCGUCUGGCCAUUCUUCGCCUCCGCCCUCUGCGCCAAAAAUCCAUCAGUAUCAUCAACUGCUAUUCACCAACAUCAGCAGCUGAUGAUUCCGAAUUGGACACGUUUUACGAGGAGCUGGAGGAAGUAGUCCACAACGAGAAGUCCUUUUACAAAUUCGUUGUCGGAGACUUCAACGCAAAACUAGGAAACGCCACAGGAGAGGAAUACAGGAUUGGAAGAUUUGGACUAGGGGACCGGAAUGAAAAUGGCAAUCGUCUCGCCGGGCUGUUGUCCGCCGCUCGCCUCUUUCAUGGGAACUCUCUUUUCAUGAAAAAAAGAUCAUCGUCGGCGGACAAGGGAAUCGCCCAAUGGCGCGACUCGUGCGGAGAUCGACCACAUACUCACCAACCGGAGGUGGUGUCUACUUGA